AUGAUAAGCAGGGAUGACGUCGGUACCUCGAGUGCAAACAACCCUGGCUGGCCUUUCUACAUCCGCGGUUCCUUUACAGUGAUCUCAUCCGUCGUCACCGCCUUGUAA